AUGCCCACAUACGAUGGAACAGAGGAUCCCAGUGACCACCUGAUUGACUUCCAAGCAAAAAUGAUGAUAUUAGGAGCAGAAGACCCAAUGUACUGUAGGGUAUUCUUUUCGACACUGAAGGGGGCAGCACAGCGAUGGUUUUUAUCACUACCACCUCGGACUAUUGAUUGUUUCGAAACCCUGGGCGAGCAAUUCCUGACAUACUUUGCGGGGAGCAUAAAGACUAAAAGGCACUUCACAGCCUUAACCGCCGUACAACAAGGGGAGACGGAGACCCUAAAGGAAUUCCUCGGAAGGUGGAAGAAAGAAAUACAAACGGUGGAAGGUCUGGAUGACCGGAUAGCCAUAACAUUAUUUAUGGAGGCCUUAAAAGCUGGCGAUCUGUUCGCAAGUCUCCGAACUGAUACCCCAGAGACAUACGCUCAGGCCAUACAAAGAGCAAACAGAUACGCCGAAACAGAGGAGGCCUUACGACAAAAACAGAGGCGACGAGAGAAACGCCCGUUGGAGGAAACAAGAACGCGUCCAGUGGAUCGAUCGUCGAAACGAAGGGAUAGGAUCAAUCCUAGCCACCCGCCGGUAGCCCACCGACCCCGGGUCAUCCCUACCCUGGGGGCAAGGGCGGUACAUGAGAUACACCUGCCUCGGGUAAGGGAAGAUCCCCCACCACAAAACCCCGCGACAGUAGUCAACCACAUACCGGUAAGACAUGGGAAGUACUGUAGAUUCCACGAAUCCCCAACCCAUAGCACGGAGGAGUGCACCACCUUGCAGAAAGAACUAGAGGGAUUGAUAGAAAAGAGAAUAGCCCUCAAACGAAACAUGGGACGACCGCCCCAGGGAGGCCGACAGCCUCGAUGGCCGUAUCAGUGGCAAAGACAAACGGAGAGACCCAGGCAGGAGAGAAGGCCCGUGGGACAGGAGGCUGAAGUGCAACCCGAGACCCCUAGGAUGGCAAGGGAGCCCCGAGAGGAGCAAGACGAUCGUAGCAGAAAACACAACAAACUCGUAAUCCACAUGAUUUGCGGGGAACCUAUCGAUGGAGACAGCACAAAGCACCGCCCAAAAAGGGCCGGAGACACCCCAUUAUCUUCUCAGAUGACGACUUACCCGAGGGGCCAACCCCGCACAGGGACGUCAUCCUGA